AUGACAACAUGUUCAAGGUUUCGUAGAAAUAACGGUAAGGAAACUUUAGGGUUGACUUGAAAAGGUGCCACCUCUCUCCUCUUACUAGCUCUAAGAUAUUACUUUACAAUGUUAUAGUUUAUAGAAUUCUAAAUAGUAAUGUAAUAACACGUACUAAAAUUUUAGCGGACGUAAAUGAAAGUGCUACAGAUAUCCCAUGCCGACCAACCUACAGCAUAGCUAGCCCGGCUUGUAUAAAAAGUUGUUCCGAAGAAAGACUCAAGUCGGUAGGUACCUUAUCAUAACGUUUUUAAGUUUACUCUGUUACGUUUACAUGCUUAUUACUAAAAUACAAGGGGGAGAGAGAGUUUAACAUCUGUCUUGUUAAAUGAGUUCAACUUAUCAGUCGAACAUUCCAAAAUUAGUAAUUUCUAGCCACUUUUGAGAGCUAGAACUACAAGCUAACCUUUUUUGUGGAUAUAAUCCUAUUGCUUUGUUCAUACUGUCAAAGGUUUUUAAAUUGCUCAUUGCCUUUUGAUUGGGUUUGAUUUUCUCUGACAGUCUUACCCUCCCUUUAUUUUUUUAGUCUCUUGUUACUUUAUGCCAAGCGCUAUGAUUUUAUUAUGCAUGUUAUUUCCUCCCUAAUAAGACGUAGUUUGAUAGAGAGUGCGUAAGACGGUUAGGGUAAACCUAACCCAAUCAAAAGAAAAAUGCUUUAAAGACCUUUUAGAGUUUGAGGAGAUCUAUAGGAUUAACAUCCACAAACAAGGUUAGCUUGUGGUUCUGGCUCUGCACAGUGGCUAGAAAUUACUAAUUUUGGAAUGUUUGGCUGAUAAGUUGAACGCAUAAUCUCAAAGAAAUUUGAAAAAUUUUCAUAAAAAUUUUUUUAAAGUUUCAGAAAAUAGAAGCUGAAACUAAUCUUUCCGCAACCUUAACAGCUUCAACUACUGACAUUUACAAAAUAACCAAUUUUUUAAAUAAAUAUAUAUUUACAUUAUUAACUUUAUUCGUACGUUUGCUCCGUGUAAGUAAAAGUAUUAAUAUUAGUUUAACUUAUCAGCCAAACAUUCCAAAAUUAGUAAUUUCUAGCCACUUUUGAGAGCCGGAACCACAAGCUAACCUUGUUUGUGGAUGUUAAUCCUAUAGAUCUGUUCAUACUCUAAAAGGUCUUAAAAGCGCGCAUUACCUUUUGACUGGGUUUGAUUUUCUUUGCUUGUCUCAAGCUCUCUUUUUUUAACACAGUUUCUUAUUAUACCUAAACUUGCACAAAUUUUUGGAUAAUUUACAUGCAUGGUAAUUGAAAUUUAAAAUUAUUUUUUAUAGUAAAGACAUGUUUAUAAAUAUUUUUUGUUUCUAGAAUUCGAUUAUAAACCCACCUCAAAGUAAAGGAAAAGUCAAACCGGCAAUGGAACCGACUGAGCGAAUCUCCAUGCACGGAUCUGAAUUGGACGAUACUCAACAGAGCUACAAGUCAUUGUAAGUUUGACAAUUUUUUGACGGGGUAUAGUUGUGGGUUAGGUGUAUUGAAGACGAUAGAGGGGGAGGAGUAGACUAUACGUAAGAUAAAUAGGCGUAAAGUGGAGUAGGUUAGAAGAGGGUACAGUAGAUGGGAAUAGGAUAGAGUAGGGGAGCGUGGAGUAACUUUGUCCUAAAAUGUGUCGUAAUUUUUAAAUGUUUUAGGUCAUUAAAGCAUACCCAACCAUUAAGUUCGGAUGGUGUAAAAACAGAAUCAGUAAGUUUUUAUCGUUUGAUUGGCUAUUAAAAGAUGUCACUCUUGAUUUGUGCUAUUUUCUAUUUCUAAUACAUAGAUACAAUGAUAUAACCUUUGAUUUUAGAGCGGCGAAGCAAUGUCACUAACAUCACAGUUAUCAUUAUCAGUCUGUAGCACCCAACGACCAACAGAACGAGAAGAAGCCGUCGUACUCUGA